AUGAGUGAUUCUGACUUUCCCGAGCUUCCUUCAUUCGAGGCCUUCGACACGGAGGACCGGCCACCGCCUCCUUCCAUUGAAGACUACCCAAUAGGAUGCGAGGUGGAGCUUGUUGACAUUGGCCCCGCGAAGGUGGCGCAAACGGCGGAGCUAUGGGAGCCUUUUAUGGACGAGUUAUUCGGGCAAUAUCGGCGGUCCGUGCGAGUUGUGCGUCACCAGGGCGACUACACGUUUGUUGUGUGUGAAACUGAGCCUGAUUUAAUUAUUGGUUGCACCUUAUACCGCGCCUGCCUCAGUGAGCCCAAGGUGCGCUUCAAGAAAUACAUGCCAAGCAAUGCCACGGAAGGUCCUAUUGCCACAAUCGGCGUUAACACGCGAGACGCCAAUGACAACGGUCUCUUUGAGCUCUACACCAGCACCCACGAGGACGUGGUGCACGAAGCAGAGUUCGCGGUGCCUUCCGCGGCCUCUCCCCGUGGAAAAGAUACCGUGGGCGCAAGUAUGUGGGGCAACCACCGCCAUUCACCAGGUGAAUCUCCUCGACGUCCGCGUGGCGGCGAUGGAGAAGCCAAGUCGGAGGUACCUUCCGCUGGGAAAGGUGAUGCGGCACGUUAUAAAUACAACUACGCUACCAGGAAGGCCUAUGACGCCCUCAGUAAGGAGAAUUACAAGGAAGCGGUGCGCUACUAUACAAAAGCGCUUAAAUAUAGCCCUGAUGGAGGGGCAAGAUGUCUAUCAAACCGUUCUGUGGCAUAUCUCGGAUUGCGCAAUGUGGAGGCCGCCUUCUUAGAUGCCACACGUGUAAUUGAGUUAACACCUCAAAGUUUCGUUGGAUACGUGCGUGCUGGGAAUACACUGCGUGGGAUGAAACGCUACGAAGAGGCAAGAACCUACUACGAGAAGGCGCUUGCGCUUGACCCAAACAACGAGACACUAAAGUAUCUGCUGCUGAGUAACGCCAUCAUGAUGUUGUACGCCUCCAAAUAUGAGCAUCGUAAGGCAGCCUCUAUUGCCUUGGACCGCAAAACUCUGAAUGUCGUCCUUUUGGCGAAAAAGGACAUGCGACCCGGCGAAUUGGCGUGGGUGGAAUCAUCUGCGGCGGUGGUACUACUGAGGUACUAUGGCCAUGUAACGGACGCGGGCGACAGCGGCGUUCAAGGGGACCAGGACAAGGAAAUCCCACCUAGCGUCUGUUUUCAGUGCUUCCGACCGCUGACGAGUAUUGAGGAGUUUUGCAAAAGCCUACCUGAAGUUGAGCCCUCCACGCUUAAAAAGUUGUACAAUGAACACAAGAUUGUGCAAUGUAAUGGUCAUUGCGGAGUUUUGUAUUGCUCUGACAGCUGUCGGUCGAAGGCCUGGGCGGCGCACCACUGGGUGGAGUGUGUGACCCAAGGAAAGUGGUCUGAGGCGUACCGUCAGGUUCCUGGGCUGUUGAAGGAUUUUGCUACGUCUUACAGCGCUGUGCCGAGCAGCGAGCGGCAUAGCGGCAAUAAUAUUCACCCUGAAAAGGGAGGCUGCUUGUCCCCUAUUCUGGAGGACAACGUUGAUGUUAUUGUAGCUUGUGCUCGCAUUGCCUGUCGUAUGUUUGCCAAGAUUCUGAGUAAUGGACGACCCUUGGAGGAUGCGGUUCACAUCUUUGAGUGGAUGCUACCUAAGGAGAGCACCUACAACUCCUGCGUGAGCCCGCCUACCAACAACUUGGUGCAAAAGAGCGUUAUUGACGACCUGUUGAUUCCUGUGUACAACGCAUUUCAGCAAUGCUUUACAGCAGAGGAGGCGCAUUACCUGUCCUUCAAUGCAUUUCUUCACUCGUACGAACGUGCCAGAUUUAACUGUGUGAAGCUGCGCAUAUCCGCAUGGCCCGGAAUUCGGGAGAAGGCAGGGAACUACAUUGACCUUAUGAAGAUCCGAACUAGCGAAACCGGCGCCGCCCCUGCGGACGGUCACCCGAGAAGCGAAAACGCCGGCGGAGGGUCCCCCACAGACUCGCAACUCACUCAGUUGGGGCGUAUAGUGAACACCCCGGCGGAGUCGGUGGCAGGCUACUUUGAGUGUCUGGGCGUCUUCAAGGUCUUUGCGGCAACGUUUGCUCCAAGGUGCGCGCAGCAGGAGCCGCAGGCACGCUACAAUGUGAAGGUGCGGCCCAUCAUCGAGCCCGGCGCCAUUAUUCACAUUGAUGUCACGGAGAGUAUCCAGCGGGACGAACAGCUUGUCUCGGACAGGUUACUCAACGAGGCGAUUGCAUAG